AUGAUCGGAGACCUGUGUCAGAGUCGAUACAUCCGUUUCCACGGCUCCGACAACUCGUUUAAAGUGAAUUCAAUGGAUUGGCGGCCAUCGGGUGAUCAUCUGAUCGCCGCGUCCGACGACUCGAUUGUCCGCAUAUUUGACACAAACGGUGUCCAGAAGUCGGCGAUUCCGUCCAAAAAGCACGGCUCGGCGUGUAUUCAAUGGGUGAACGACACCAACACCGCUGUCUUCGCCUCCAAACACGACGACCACAAACAGGGAUCAGAUAUCCAUAAAAUCAGACAUUUAGACAUCGAGAGGACAACGUUUAUCCACUAUUACGCCGGACACGAGCGACAGGGAUCAGAUAUCCAUAAAAUCAGACAUUUAGACAUCGAGAGGACAACGUUUAUCCACUAUUACGCCGGACACGAGCGACAGGUGACGGGUCUGUCCAUAAACCCAAACCACAACUGUUUCCUCUCGUCGUCAUUGGAUAAUACGAUGCGUUUGUGGGACAGCCGUCUGGACGCACACAUCCAACCGGGCGAUCGCCGAUCGCUGGCAGUGGUCCGGUGUCUGAGCCGACCGGUGGCUACAUUUGGUCCGACGGGCGUUGUGUUCGCCGUAUGGCAACCGCUCGACUCAUCCAUACGUCUCUACGAUCUCCGCAAUUACACGAACGGUCCGUUCAAAGUGUGUAAACUGGAGACGAGUACGGCGUCGGGCGAAGUGCACGACCUCUCCUUCUCAGCCAAUGGCAAACUCAUAGCUCUGUCCACAAACGGCUCUCAGAUGCUAGUCCUCGACGCCCACACACUGACCGAGUCGUGCGUUUUGAGCGGAUUUAAAAACGAUUUGCGACAGAAUCUGCAGCUCUCGUGGACUCCCGACUCGAAGUACUUGUACUGCGGUUCGAGCGGUACGUUCGCCGGUCCCGGCAAUUACGGUCACCUCAAUAUGUUUGACGCCUCCGACGGCACUCAUCUCAAGAACUGGCGCUCACUUCACGAGGCGUUCACACGAAUCGUACGCUUCAAUCCAUUGUAUUAUAUGAUUGCCAGCGCUUGCGAUGACAUCGCCUACUGGACCCCAUCC